AUCGCAAUUAUCAUCGCAGUUUAGUUAAUUUGGAACUCAUAUAUAACAUGCUGAAUUUGUGUUUCAAUUAAACAGUUGUUUCAUAAACAUUGUGGUGUUUAAACGUUAAUUUAAAUUAAACAAAAUAAUUAAUUUUGAUUUUUCUUGAUUUGUGUUAUAUUGGAGAUUAAAAUAAAAUAUUCAACAUGAAAUUCGCCGUAGUUAUUUGUGUUUUGUGCAGUUUGAUUGCUGUCAAUGAAGCUGCCAUUGCCAUGGCCAGAUUCAAUAAUCCAACUUAUCCCGGCAAAUGUACCAUUGAUGAAAAAACCAUCUUGUCACCCGGACAAAAGGGCAAGGCCCCCAAUAAUCCAUGUGCUGGUGUUACCUGCAUGGACAAUGGUUAUGUAGAAUUUAGAACCUGUCCCGCUGUGGCACCACCAAAAGGUUGUAAACUACGUGACUUUGUUAAUACCAAUCGUCAUUAUCCCGAGUGUUGUGAGCGUAAAUAUGAUUGUACUAAAUUGAUUUAAAACCAGAUACUCAGCAGAAAAGCUAGAACAAGAAAAAAGAAGACACAACAAUUAAGAAAAUAACAUCAUUAAAAGCAGCACUAAAACCUGAAAUCAUGACGUAUCAUCUCAUAUUUUUUUUACUACAUUUAGUAGACCCCACAAAGGAAGGUGUGUCUUUAUAAAUUGUGGCUACUACAUGACUUUAAACAUUUACCAUUAAAAAAAGAAAGAAACAAAGACUAAGAACCCUCACACUCAUCAUAUUUAUGUAGGAAGCUGUAUGUGUUUCUUUUGGUUUAAUAUUUAAAUUGUUUUUUUUUUAUUAAGUUUAAGUUUAAUGAAUUUUUAUUAUUUAUAAAAAAAGGUUUAUAAUUUAUGUUAUAUUAAUUUAAAGUAAACAAAGAA